UAUCCAUUUUUUUUAUACUGGAUACCAACAUCAUAGAAUCAAGAUCUAGCUCUAGUUCUUUCUCAUAGACAUAGCCGAUAAGACAAAAUUGUUUUGUUUUUUUCGCUUUUAACUACGCCAUCUAGGCACCAAGUUCCAAUCCCACCGCUUUCUCUCUCUGUCGUGCGAUAUUCUCAAAGCUCACUCCGGCCGCGAUACCCGCUUCACAUGGCGAAGAAAUCCAUUUCAGGUGAUCUUAGUAGACUUUCCAUGAAUGGUGAAGGUUCAGUUCAGACAAGUCAUCUUGUCGUUUGCUUCGGAGAGAUGUUGAUAGAUUUUGUGCCUACGGUUAGUGGAGUUUCACUUGCUGAAGCUCCUGCCUUUCACAAGGCUCCUGGUGGUGCUCCUGCAAAUGUCGCUGUGUGCGUAGCAAAACUAGGAGGUUCUGCUGCCUUUAUUGGAAAGGUAGGCAAGGAUGAGUUCGGGCAAAUGCUUUCUGACAUGUUGAAAGAAAACAAAGUUGACAAUUCUGGUGUGCGAUUCGAUCCCUACGCAAGAACUGCUCUGGCAUUUGUCACACUCAGAGCAGAUGGCGAGCGUGAGUUCAUGUUCUACCGCCAUCCAAGUGCUGACAUGCUUCUCAAGGAGUCAGAGCUUGAUCUGAAUCUUGUCAAUAAGGCGUCCAUUUUUCACUAUGGGUCAAUCAGUUUGAUUGAUGAACCAUGUAGAUCGACACAUCUUGCUGCCAUGCGCAUUGCCAAGCAAUCCAAUAGUAUACUUUCUUAUGACCCAAAUCUUAGAUUGGCCUUGUGGCCCUCAGAAGAUGCUGCUCGCAAGAAUAUAAUGUCCAUAUGGAAUCAAGCAGAUAUCAUCAAGAUAAGCGAGGAUGAAAUCUCAUUUCUGACCGAUGGUGAUAAUCCAAAUGACGAUAAAGUGGUGUUGAAGAAGCUUUUUCAUCCCAAUCUAAGUCUUUUGCUUGUAAGCGAAGGAAAGGCUGGCUGCAGAUAUUACACUAAGCAAUUCAAGGGAAAAGUUGCUGGUAUCAAAGUCAAAGCUGUUGACACAACUGGUGCUGGUGAUGCAUUUACUGGAGCGAUACUUUAUUGUUUAGCUGCAGAUUUGAAUAUUUUGAAGGACGAGGCGAGGUUGAGGCAUGCUCUACUAUUCGCAAAUGCAUGCGGAGCACUCACCGUUACAAAGAGUGGCGCCAUUCCUGCUCUGCCCACAAAACCCGAAAUUGAAAAAAUUAUACAGAAAAUAUGAAGUAGUUGUGGCAUUAGUAGCUCUUUCUUGAGAGCUGUUGAUGCUAAAAUAAACAUAAUUUUCCAUGUAUGAGCUGAUCAGAUGACUUCAAAGGUGAAAUUUUGGUCAGAGUAGAAGAAUGUAGAAGUUGUAUGGGAAAAUUUAACUGUCUAUGCAGUUUUUGUACUAUUCAUUUUGAUUUGAUAAUUGUUUUAAUCACAGAUUGAGUUGAUGUCUUUCAGCUCCAGCGGUCUUUUACA